GCGCCAUUUUCAGCUCCCCGGCUCCUGUUGAUGGCGAGUCCACUUCCGAGGUCGGCGUUGGUCUGAAGCCUGGCGACUCCUCCAGGGAGGAGGGGGGGAGGGCCUCCUUCAUAAACUCCGGCUGGUUCCGAGAUAAUGCUGCUGCCGUCAGACAUAGCGCGUCUGGUCCUGGGAUAUCUACAGCAGGAAAAGCUCUCUAACACGUGCAAAGCCUUUAUUUUGGAAAGUCGUGACCUAAAGGAGUAUGCUGAGCACAGUACCGAGGAUGGAAUUGUUCCUGCUUGUUUACUGUCAUUAUUUGGAAAGAACUUGAAAACUAUUCUUAACGAGUAUGUGGUUAUGAAGGCAAAAGAUUCAAUGCCAGAAGCACCUGCUGUGUUGCCAUCUUUGUGGAGAAAAUUGGAGUAUACUCUUUCUCAAAUUAGGAGCUUGCAGCAGAGCUCUGUUGCACUUGCUGCAAACCAGAGAGCUCGAACAAAAAAUGGUUUGAAUGAAUUAAGACGCCAAGGGAACAGUUCUUCAAGGCAGGUGUCCAGGGCUAACUCUGGCCUCCUGACGAUUCCUUUACAAACAGAACAGAGAAUUAUCACACCUUUAUCUGCAAGCCCAGUAGUAAUUGCACAUAGUUCUGGAACCAGUCCAUUCAUUCCACAAGCUCGACCAGAUGGUGGUGCAAACCAAAUCCAUUCACAAGAUACAAGUCGACCUGCCGCUAAUUCAACUGGUGAAGCUCUUCACAUUGUUGUUCCUGGACCUCAUGAUCGAAGAUUACAACCUGAACAUGUUUCUCCAGGGAAACGAAAGUGCGAUUCUCCUCGUAAAAGAAGUGGCUUUGUAACAGGGCAGAGUUCAACUACCAGAAGUGUGGAGAAUGAAGUAGAAGAAUGCCAAGUAGAAAUUGCUGCUGAAAGUUUUCCACAAAGAGUAAUUGAAAAUGCCAGAGAGAAGAUUUUGAAAGACCGAUCUCUCCUGGAAAAACUUGCGGAAAAUAUCAACAAAGUUAUGUUCAGUGAGACUAGUAGUGGACAUCCAACAAAGCCACCUGACAGUAGUAGUACUCUACCAGAUCAGUCCAUUGAUGAAAUCCUAGGCCUAGGGAAUGAAGUCCACAUGUCUGAUGAAGCUAUCCAGGAUAUCUUGGAGCAGACUGAAUCUGAUCCAGCAUUUCAGGCCUUAUUUGAUCUUUUUGAUUAUGGUAAAUCUAAAAAAGUUGAAGAUUGUGACAAAGAACCAUCCAGUCAAAACAACGUGGAAGUGAUGGAAACGGCUGCAAAUGUAUCAUUUCCAGGCACAUUGAGUACUUUUCCAACUGAGGAAUUAGGUGUCUUGGUACCUUUAGCUUCAGCAGUCUCUGAGAAAGAGUCAAGUAGUUACACACAGAGAAGCAAAGAUGAUGGUGCAAAACAUGCAACCAGAACAUCUCCAGAAUCAAAUUUAUCUCCAAAAUCCAAAAUACAUGAAAGCCAGAUUCUUCCAGACCUCAGCACUGCUGAAGCAAACAAAUCUGGGACUUUAGUUGAUAGUAUGAGUUCUAGCCCCCAGGCAUCCAAAUGCAGCUGUUGGGUGGCUGGAGAAGCUUCUUCCCUCUCAGAUCUUCCAUCAUCUGUUGCUGUAAUCCAUACUACUGUGUCAGAGUCACAAGGAACUGGGGCUGUUGCUGAUAUGGAAACUGAGACCCAGGCACCACCCACUGUUAAUGAGAAAACAGAACUGCCUCCUGAUGUGCAACAGCAGCUCUCUGAAGGCACUGUGGCUAUCGAAGAGUUAAAUAAUCAGAAUGAGAAAACGGAAUCGCCAUCCAAAAUUAUCUGUCAAAAUGAGAUUUGUUCAGAGGGUAAUGACGUGUCUUCAGUUUGUGUUAAAAAUGAAUCAAAAGCAGAUGCAAGUCAACAUAAACUUGAUGUGCCAGCAGUCAAAGAUCUCAGUGCUGCUAGGGCAAGAGUUGAGAGUGCAGCUGCAGUUUGUAACGUACCACCUUCAACUUCUUCUGAAGCAUCCGUUCAGUCAAAUUUUGCAGUUCAGAACAGUUUUGCAUAUGAGCUGCCUUCAUUAGACAGAAGAAACCCUUCAAUUGAUUCUGGCAACUCUUUUGUUACUGUGGUGCCAAAUCAGCAAAAUGUUGUGUUCACAUCAGGAAUAACUAGAACUGCUUUAACCGCCGGAACACAGUCUCAAACUCUUAUUUCUCCUUUUCCUGAAACGUCAAAUAGUUCUGCUGUAAGUUCUAGUUCAGUGAACAUUAAAUCUGGUGAAAAAAAAUCAAACAUUAUUUCUUCAGAAAUAGAAUUGCCCGAUCGAACAGAACCAGUUUCGUCUUCAGUAUCAUCUUCCAAAUCAAACUCUGAGGGCAACGCUACAGCCUUACAACCAAGCUUUGUUAGCUCGUGCUUGAAUCUUGUAACUGAAAGUGUUUCAACAAACAUGGUGGCCAAGUCACCCGUCAUUGCCACUUCUGCAAACUCUGAUGUUAUCUCCACUUCCAAAGUUUCAAAUGCUGAACCUUCCAGCACCAUGGAGGUAGAUCCCACAAAUAUAGUGACACUCAAGAUAAUUAUUAGUGAUGAUCCCAAGCAAUCCUCAUCCGAUAGCGAAUUAAGUAAUGCUGUGUCCAGUAUUAUAAAUGAAAAUGUACCAACAAUUGUAUUAUCUUCUCCAGGUGGUACACCCUUAAAAGGCAAAGAGUUAAACCAACCUUCAAGUAACAAUUGUGUUGCUGUUACAGAGACCGUCUCUACACAAAAUUUGUGUGUGAGAAAUGAAGAAUCUGAAAGUGCUGUAAGUAGCUUGGAAAUGCCAGAGGAACCUGAAAGCAGCGUGCAGAAUGUUGUGUCAGCUGAUACGGAAACUACGCCCACACAAAGCAUUACAUCUAGUAAUGUUACAGUUAAUAUACCACCUCAGUCCAACAGUAGUCUGUGCACUCAAAAUCCGCUUAGUCUAAAAAAAGACACUGGGCUGAUACAGUUAGUGCCUACUACUACCACAUUUGGGCAGUCUAGCAAUGUUCUGAUAGCAGCUUGUGUGCAAGAUUCUACAGGACAGCCUCUGAUAAAAGGAGAUGAAUCUAAGAAUGCUAACACAUUCAUUUUGGAUCACCGUCGGGGUUCUGCAAAUGUCUUGAUGCUACCAAGCAGCUCUACUUCUGCAACCAUAUCAACAUCAGCUCCUCAGGUUUUAUCUACACCUCCAAGGCCAAGCACAGUUUUUACCAUGGGGCAACCUGCAUCUUCAAGUUUUCCACAAGGUUCCACUUUCAUUAUCACAUCCCCAGUUCAGCCGAUGCUGCAAGGUGUAAUGGGAAUGAUUCCAGUUUCAAUAAUGGGUCCAAAUAAUGGAACCUCGUUCACUUUGUCACCCCAACAGGUUCUCCGUAUGCCAGUAUCAUCUUCACAGGGCAAAAAAUGUAACGGAUUCAGUAAACUGCCCAUUUCGAGAAAACCACCACAGUUAACUGUUCAGCCAAGCACCUUAAGUGCAGGACCACCAUCUGUUAUUGGCACUUUAAUUUCAAUAGAUUCAUCAAUAACACAGAAUACAAACCUAGCCCAGAGGAGUGAAAAGGCAGAUUUGAAUGCUCCUCCUGUAGACCAAGUAGGAAAAUCAAGAGAACGACCAGUUGAGAUCUCCAGUGCAUCAAGCUCAAAACUGAAAGCUCAACACCAUAGACGAGUGCUUUGUUUUGAUCGUGCAUCUUCCACAGAAUCAAUCCAACCAACUACGAAAUCAAAUAUUGGUCAAGAUAAAAAGGAAAAUCGUUCAGAUAAAAGUCAACCGGACCGGCUAUUUGUUUUUCAAAACAAGGAGAAAUCCGAAAGAACAGAUGCAGGAGUUAAUAAAGGACGUGAAAUACAGAACAGGUCAGAAAAGAAAAAUUCACUUUCUGGAGCACCUUAUGAUUCAUUCCACAAAGCAACUGCAAACAAGGAAAAUGAAGCAAUCCGGGAUCAGGUUAGACAGAGAAGUAGAGAAGCUUCAGAUGUUUCAAAUGCACAGAUGCAAAAAAGAGGCACUCAAAGUGAGAGAACUAAUUCUCAACCAGAUGUGUCCAAGGAUUCUGCAAGCAAAAUUCCUGAAUCUCACCUAGAAUGCAAAAAAGUAAACUCUGCUCUUGUGGCCUCCCAAGAAAUUGCCAUUAGAAGGAAUACAGAUAAAAAUGACAGUUUUAGUCUGACAAGCACAUUGACCAAACAGGCAGCUGAGAUGCUGCAAGACAUGCAGAGACAAAGCCCUAUCCCAAAGCAAACUAGCAUUGUUGACUUAACUGUGCCCAGGACGCCAGGCUGUGCUGCACAUGAAGGUCUGGAUGAUUGCUCAGAUGUUCAACGGACUCCACAAAAUAAAGGACUUGGAGAUGAAAGGGCAUCGCCUAGAGUAAUGGCACCUCCCACAACCCCAGACAUACCAACGUGUAGCCCAGCAAGUGAAACAGGAAGUGAGAACAGCGUCAGUAUGGCUGCGCACACACUCAUGAUUCUCUCAAGGGCGGCGAUUGCAAGGACUACUGGUGCCACACCUCUGAAAGAUCAUACACACCAAAUCAGAUCACCACUUAGCCAGACAAAGAAAAGGAAGCUAGAAGAACAGGAAGAACAGUCUUUAUCCAGCAAGAUGGACCUUCAGAAUUCCAAUUCUCCUGGAAGGAAGAAAAGGUCAACAUCACAUAAACACAAGAGAAAGAAUCACCUCGACUCUUUUCCUGUUGAAAUGGAUGUAGACAAGUUUUUGAGUUCGCUGCAAUAUGAUGAAUGAUUAUGCAGCGUUCAUUAUGGCCUGUAUUUUCUGGUAUUUUAGUAUUCACAUACAAUUUUAAACAAAUUACAGUGUCAGUACUUAAAUUUCAAUUUAUAUUAAGUACUUGCUCUCUAACUACGCAAGAUGUAAAGAUGACCUUGGAAGUAUUGUAGAAAGUGGCAACUAAACAUUUCACAUACAUGCUUGUAUUGAACUUUAAUUGUACAGUAUAUUCUAAAUUACUAUUGUCUGAUGCUAUCAAUGUGUAAAUACUGUAAAGCUUCAAACUGUAAUUUCAAAUCUACCUUAAAGAAGUGGAAUUACUUGCGUGUCUGAUUGUUUUAUUUCAGAAAUAUUACUAAAAUAGUUUGUCAAGAAACAUUUAGAUACAGCACAGUACCAUGCCCUUCUGGCUACUGCUCUAUGCAACUAUGUGACCAAUUAACCUCCUAACCUGUUUCUUUGGAAUGUGGGAGGAAACCAGGACACCCAGAAGCAACCCACGCAGUCACGGGGAGAAUGUGCAAACUCCUUGCAGUUAGUGCUAUGAAUUGCACCCAGGUUGAACUAUGCUACCGUGUAUUUGAUGGCGUUAAUAACAUUUCUGGUCCUUAAUUGUUUUCUGUUCAAGUGGCCAAAGAUGCUGUUAGCCUCACAUUAUUUUACAUUUGAAGGGACUUAAAGGGUAUAGGAAAUAAAGGAUUUUUCAUUAUAAUAAUUAAAUAAUUGUAGAAUUUCCACUGAUUAAGUUUCUUGUAGCUGGACAGGCUACAGUAGUUGUACUGAUAUAAUCUAAUGCCCAGAUUUACCCAUGCAUAAUAGCUGCACCAAACACUUGAAAUUUUUUUCUACCAGGCUGAUAAUGUUUGGCUUCUAAAAGGAAUGUUUCUUUCAACAAAAGGUGAAAAUUUGCACUUGGAUAAUGACUCUUUUUCCUACUUAAAUAUUUGUAAAGUCAGUGUUGCACAAUUAUUGACUAUAAUAAGAAAAAAUAAUGAUCACUUAGCCAUGGCUUGUAUACAAUUUAUUAAUACUGUAGAAUUUUAUAAUUUAAACCCAAAUUCUUUUCUAAAAUUGAGUUCUUAUACACACAUUAUAGAUCAAUUGUAACUACCUCCUGUUGCAUGUACUUAGUUUUUAAAAAAACAAGCUUAGCUUUCAGUUUGGUUUCAGAAGAAAAAAAUUAUGAAAGGCUGCACAUUUUCAAGUGGGAUGAAGUUACACUGACGGCAUGUUUCAAGUACAUUCUUAAAUGUACUUUGCUGUUAUUGCCAGUGCUUCCAUAAAUCAGUAAUAUUUUUCACCACUGCAAAGAUGGUUUUUACACAGUAGAAAUGCAAAAACAUUGCAACUAUAUAAUGCAUUAUUGUUCAGUAUUCAUCGUAGUGAUAGUGAGAAAUACAUGGCCUUUGAAUCACAGCUCAGAAAGGACACUGUAUUUUACAGUCGUUGAAUAAGUAUUGAAGAAGCACCACCACCCCCAUUACAAAUUCCAGCAAGACCAUAUUCUCCAG